AUGUCCGAUCACCCUGUUCUGAUCAUCGGCGCGGGCAUCAGUGGCCUCGUCCUGGCCCAGUAUCUCCAGCGCCAAGGUGUUCCUUUUAAGCUUUUCGAUCGUGACUCCGCGAUCGAUGCCCGCAGCGGUGGAUGGGGAUUGACGCUUCACUGGGCACUUCCUGCCUUGCGCGAACUGUUACCCGAACAUUUAGUUGAAAGAUUCCCGGAAACUUUCGUCAACAAAAAGGCCUCGGCGCUCGGAGAUACCGGGCGCUUCCAGUUCUUCGAUCUCAAGUCAGGAGCUGCUUUGUAUGAUGUGCCUGCCGCUGAGCGUAUUCGGGUAAGCCGCGUUCGCUUGCGCCAGUUACUGACUACUGGGAUUGAUGUUCAGUGGAGCAAAAAUCUACAAAAUAUCGAGUCCUCUGGGGAUACAAUCACUGCUCAUUUCGAGGAUGGUACCUCGUGCAUUGGGCGACUUCUUGUUGCCUGCGAUGGCUCAAGGUCACGCGCACGCGAGAUUCUGUAUCCUGACUUGGAGAUGAACCCAUUGCCCGUACAAAUUCUUGGUGCAUCGACGCUGUAUACUGCAGAAGAGAUGGGCGGCGCCGAGUCCAUCGACCCCUUUAUCUUCCAGGGCUCGCAUCCCGACUCAAACGUGUUCCUCUUUUUCAGCUUUUUGGAUACGCCUGGCAACUUCGAGACCAGUAGCAAGGAUCGCUAUCACUGCCAGGUAAUUGUUUCCUGGGCGGACUCUAAAGGGAUAUCAGUCCCAGGUGACAAUGCGGAGCGCAUUACAUUGAUGAAAAAUCUGACUGACAGCUGGUCUGAACCAUUCCGAUCGCUGGUUCACAAACUUCCAGACGAUGCGGAAGUGCGCUCCAUCCGGAUCGAAGACUGGAUGUUUCAACCAGGAAGGACGCAUGCUCAUCCUCGGGCGGUCUUGAUGGGAGAUUCAGCACAUACAAUGACAAUGUACCGCGGAGAAGGCGCCAACAAUGCGAUCGUCGAUGUUUUGGAUCUCGUUAAACGAGUCGACAUGCGACAGACACGCUCGUUCGGUCAAGAUACCUUGACACAUUCCCUUGCCGCCUACGAGAAUGACGUCUUCAAGCGUGCAGAGCCCAGCGCGAUGAGUGCCAUACCAGAUAAAGCAUCUUCUGUCCGUAUCUCGCAGCGUCAACCACAAGCCUGCAGAGGUAAAGGCCAAAUCUCUUCUCAAGUUGUCCAGCUCAGGCGCAACGCCGUGCAACAUGCUUCAGAGAUUGAGUUUCUGAAUUCAGUUCUCGCGGAUCUGGACUCUUCGUCCUCGUCUGGAAUCACACAUGUGGUCCAAAAAGUGAGAAAUAGGAUAUCACGGCUGCAAACUGGCCGGGAUCUCCCUCAAUCCGAGUCAUCCAACGACUCGUCGCAGCAGGAGAUAACUUUGACUGAAGAUCGUGUACCUGGAAAAUUACCGUCAUCUGCCGAAGCUGCCUCAAACCAGAUCGACUCGUCGCUUCUCACGGCAAUUGAGCAUCUUGCUUGGGGUCGAAAUUCCGCUGGGUGCUUCCCUCACAGGAACUGCGCGUGCCAAUAUCGCAAAAAUGGCCUACAGUUGGUAUCCAGCAACGGAUCAAUUCAAGGUGACAGUCUUCCUCUGGGACUAAACCCCAACCUCCCCAGAAUAAUAGAUGCUCAGAAGCUAGUCAAGUUCCAUAUCUGUCAUGUGGCAUGGCAUCAUGAUUGCUUCCACGGCCCGACAUUUCUCGAACAGUGCGAGAUGUUCUGGGAAACUGGAAGAUAUGAUGAUCCCCUCUGGCUAGCUCUUUACUAUUCUGUCUUGAGCUCUACCGUCAGUUCAAUUCAGGAUAGCCCGAAAGCGAGAGAUUUGGCUGAUGUUGAUCUGCACACUAUGCAAUCUGCACAGCAACUCUUCUCUGCUAUGGUGCAAACUCUGUAUGACUGCCAUUUCCUCAGCAAUCUCUCAAUAUACUCAGUGCAGGCCAUUGUUAUAUCAACAGAAGUUGCUCAUAACCUCGGAUUAAGUCAGCUAAAUGCGACCCUUUUCAACGCUGCAGUGCGCAUUGCCGAGUGCCUUGGGGUCCACAAAAUCCAGGAUCACUCGACAAAGCCAGUCCGGAAUAAGGAUGAUUGGGAAGAAAGAGUUGAGCGAGAAGUCGGAAAAAGGGUCUGGUGCCAAAUGAUCAUCCAAGACCACUUCGCCAUCCCCUUUACCGACACAUACAGCAUAUCCCCAAUGCACUUCUCUACGGGUCGCCCUAUGAACGCAGAGGACUAUGACUUAAUGGAUAUGCCAAUCAGCACACCCACUACAAGCACUUAUGUCCGCGUGCUAGUAAAUCUGGCGGAGCUGAUGCCCGGCCUAGUUGAUGGACUUGGUCCAAUGAACAACCGAAAGCCUCACCGUGAACAAUACCAGCAUAUUCUGCAAGUUGAUCAGAAAAUGAGAGCUGUGGUUAAAGAUAUACCACCAUUUCUUCUGCGUCCGGACAAAGAGAAAGAACAGCAAAUCCCAUGGCUUAGCAUCGCCCGACGAAGCUUAGCAAUCACGGCAGCAGAAAAGAUCAUCAUGAUUCAUCGACCCUUCCUCUUCCGCUCUUUCCAUGACCCAACAUAUAGCUACACAAGGCGUACCUCUGUCGCAGCAGCGAUGACUAUCUUACGCGAACACGAAACAAUCGUGCGGGAAGAGGACAUCUCAAUCUGGACCCAUACCGCAUUUGCAAUUACAGCCGCAGUCAUAAUGUGCUUCGAGGUGAAUGCAAUCGCCGAGAGUGCAUUCAGUGCGAGUGCCCAGAGCUACAAAGAGGCCAUACUUUCUGCUCGAGCCCGUCUUGCUUCACGGGAUCUUGAUGUGCUCGCUCAACGAGGCGUUGCUCUGAUUGAUGCAAUCUUUACUGCGGGCUCGGACCUGAAUACUGGAGGCACGAGUUCUAAAAUGAUGGAUUUUGGUCAAAUCUUGGCCAAGUUUUCUACGUUCAGUCGAUUGAACCUUGGGUCUCCUAGCACCGAGGCAUCUCCUAGCGGAAUCCCGACUGUUGAGUCUCAGGAUGUUAUUGGUGCUCAUUUUGAUGAAAUGCGACCUACAUGGGGGACUGCAGAGGAUAUUGAUUUCGAUGCGUGGUUCAAUGAGACUUUUUAUUCUCUACAGGGACCUCUUCAGCUGUGA